AUGAAACCGACGUUGGUAUAUUUCCUUCAAUUAUUUAUUCUCAUCUAUGCCAAGGAAUGUUCUCUUUCCGGAGACAAUUCGACUGUUGUGUUUUGUGCAAACUCAACGAUUUCGUCGUACUCGAACUUUUCGAAUAUGACGCAAUUGUCGAUCGUCUAUUCCGAAUUAUUUGAUUUACCAGAUUUGUCGAAUUUUAAACAAUUGGAAAGUCUAUACUUAGACCAUAAUCAUAUCGAAUUGAUUACGAGAAGUUAUUCAACAGUUAAAAUUCUUUCGUUAACCUCCAAUCGAAUCUAUGCGCUGCAUCAAACGAACUUAAGUUAUCCGAAUUUGGAAUAUUUUGAUCUUAGUCACAAUCCGAUCGAACAUAUAACUCGAAAUUAUUUUUCUAAUCUGCUAUUUCCUCGCUUGAAAGUUCUCAAAUUCGUCAAUGCGUUGAAGCAUCUCAAUCUGUAUAUCAUCGAUGAACAUUUUCUUUCAUUUUCGUUAUUAAAUUCGCUGAGCGAAAUCUAUUUCGACGAUAAUCAUUUCGAAGAAUUUCUCUGCUCGAAGUCAACCGAACAUAUUCAAUGGAGGUUACCAAUAAAUCUAAAGAAACUCUCCUUACGUAACAACAAAUUACACGUUUUUGAUGGAAAUUGUCUAACACAAAUGUCGAACCUAACUGAAUUAGAUCUACACUCGAAUCAACUAAUAUAUUUAUCCCCAUUGAACUUUACUUUACCAUCAUUGACUAAAGUUCAACUUGAUGAAAAUGCUUUUGUUAAUAUUUCCGUUGAUUUCUUUCGAUCAACUCCACAAUUGAACGAACUCGAUCUAUCUCGAAAUCCGUUGAAUGUGAAACAAAUUCAGUUAAAAAAACAACCGAUAUUUCCUUCGAAUUUAAAGAUUUUAUAUCUGGAUGGACUUUCAAGUGAUCUUUCAUGUUCAUUAUUUGAGAAUCUGAUACAAUUAGAAGAAUUGUCUUUGGCAAAUUUAGCAUCUGUUCGUUUGAAGAAUUGUUUAUUCAAAAAAUUGAUAAACUUAAGACUGCUCAAUUUAAGUAAUCAUCAUUUGAAAACAUUCGAUGAAUCAGUCUUUCGUCCAUUGUUAAUCAUGAAACAACUCGAUAGUCUUGAUAUAACUAGUCAAACACUUCGUUGUCAUUCAUGUUCACUACGAUGGGUGAACGAAUUCUUAAAAAUCGAAAACAUGACCGAUGUUAUUUGUCUCAAUGAACAAGAACAAGAAAUUUCAUUGAAUACAGUCAAUUCACCAUCGUGUUCAUCGAACAAUCUAUUUUUCAUUCUAAUGACUAUAAUUUCAAUUGUAUUAUUAUUAGUUUUUCUUGUUCUUCUCUUAGUUUGUCUCGACAAACAACGAAAAUAUCAGUUUACCAAUUUUCGACCUGUUUAUCAUAUGAUACCAUUGCGACAUUAUCAUGAUCGCAUCUAUCAAGAAACAACGGAAGACAUAACAAACGAUAAUGUGAUGCUUGUCACUUGA